GUAAGGGUUAUUUUAUUGACCCUACAAUUAUUGAGACAAAGGAACCGCUGGAUAAGAUCAUGCAAGAGGAAAUAUUUGGACCUAUAGUAACAGUGUAUGUGUACCCAGAUCAAGACUUUAUACAGACAUUACGUCUCGUUAGCUCAUCAUCCUUUGCAUUGACUGGAGCUAUAUUUGCAACAGAUCAAUCUGCAAUCAGUGAAGCUUCCAAGAUUUUGAGGCAAUCUGCUGGAAAUUAUUAUGUGAAUGACAAAUGUACUGGAUCUGUGGUUGGACAGCAACCAUUUGGUGGUGCCAGACUCUCAGGUACCAAUGACAAACCUGGUGGUCCUCAUUACCCACUGAAAUUCACAUCUCCUAUUGCCAUCAAGACCACACAUGCACCUCUAACACAGUGGACCUACCCUCACAUGUUGUAGUGUGAAAUUAUACUCUCAGUACCUGAGUAAAAGGAGUUCUCAAAUUGGUAAAGUUCACAAAAUAUGAAAGGUAUUUCCUAUACAAUCUUGAACCCUCCCUCCCUCCCUGUACACGAAAGUAAAAUACUUUUGAUAGACAGAAAAUGUAAAAAAUGUUAUUAAUGUUUUUCAACUUCUAAAAUUAAACAAGUUACAAAACAAGUUAGUCCUCCCCCAAACGAAAUACCUUUUGUUUUUUGUCGAACUUAGACAAUUUGAGAAUAUCGCUAAUUUUUGUCAGGUUGCUUUUAAGAACUGUGUUUGUGUUUGUGUUGUGCUGCUUGCUGAAAUUUUGAAAAUGCUGUAAUCAGAUUUAUUCGGGAACGCCAGAGAAGGUUGUACAAUGCAUGUUCUAUUAGAUUAACCUAUUUAAACCAGCUUUUAGGAAACCUCAGACAUUCAACCCCUACUAAAUAGGGAUGGAAAAAUCAUCACAUGUUACAUGAUUUAGAUGCAAAUCAAUAUUUUGAUUUUUUCAUCCAUUGCGCAAUACUUUCGGGGAAGGAAAAGUGUCUGCAUAAAUAGACAUUAUUGUUGGAAAAAUGGUGACACUUUUAUUAAAUGAGAUUUUGUGAUAUAAAAAGGGUUUUUCUAUCCUUGAAAAAAAAAACUAGUGAUAUAUCAUAACUCAUCAUUUCCUAGAAGUUUAAACUAUUUUUUAGCAAACAUUGGUUCAGUGACGAUAUAUGUAGAUGUUCUUAUCUUGGUUUUGUAAACAUCAUAAAAUGAAACCAUUUUGUCAAAGUUGGGGAAAUCUGAUCAUUGUUUAAUGGUAGCCAACACGCUUAACAAUCCUAAACCGGCAUGUAUCAAUUCAGUAAGUCACAUUAAUGUUUGGUGAUCUUUACAUUGUAUUGUCAUUUUAUACAACUUGUGCAAGUUUUUAUGAGUGAAAGUUAACCAGUGAAUAAAAUACAAGGCAUA